GGGGCGGGACCAGCUCGAGACGUCCAGGGAGCGGGGUGACGCGGUGACGUGUAGGGGGCGGGACCACGGUCCAGGAAGAUGGCGCCGCUGCGGAGCAUCGCAGCGUUUCUGAAGAACGCCUGGGCGAAGGAGCCGGUGAUCGUGACAUCGUUCGCCAUCGGCAUCGCCGCUCUUAUGUUGCCAUGGGUGAGCCCCGUUGCCCAUUACCAAACAAAGAUGAAUCGUGCUGUACCCCUACAGUAUCCAGUUCCUUUACGGGAUGAUGACAAUAUGCCUGAUAUUCCAUCCCACCCUUGUGACAAAAUUGGACCAUCUCUUGAAUGGAUGAAGAAGCUUUGACGAGCACAUGGAAUUAGUUUGUGAGAUACAGUCUUUGUCACUCAUUUACAUUCGUCACACUGACAUGUUGGAGGUUACCAGCGACAUGGUCGAUUCGAUUGGCCUCUGCUGGAAUAAUUCUAUGAUUCCCAAUUAUUGAAGAGGGGACAGCCAUCAUCAACAUCCAGCUGUUAAAAGGUUUUCAAAGUAUUUUAUUUUGGAUUUUUUUUCACAUCAUUAAACUGAGUUGCAAAUAUAUUAACAAAAA